GUUGACGCCGGUUCGCGUAGGUACUAGGUACAGAAUCGUACCGAUCAGUACCGCAGUCAAGAAACUCCAUCAUUUGUCGAAAGUCCGUCUCCUCUCUGAUAACACCGCAAGCUGACCACUGACUGGCCGCUUACAAAACAAAAGAAAGCAUUCAGCCGAUGAUCUAUUUCAGUGGUGGCAACAAGUUCAGUCUGUCGCGAAUAAUCGCUUUGUUAUAGACGCGCUUUUUGUUGCGGCUUUUUUCUGUGAUUGUUUCUAAAUUUUCGUAAUUUUCUAGUAAUAGUUUUUUUUCGAGAUGUCGUUCUUUAAGAUUAAACCUAUUUGGAAAGGAAACUCUAAGCACAAAAAAUUAUCAGAAGACCAAGCUUUACAAACCGGAAAAGAAGUGAUCAUAGAACCAGAAAACGACACGAUGGAAACAGAAAAUGACGUGGUGACGUUCGAAUUGAAAUAUUUUGGUAGUACAGUGGUGGACAAAACAUCGACAGACCAUAAAAACGUUAGUUCAGAGGCCGUAAAGAACAUCAUAAAAACAGCCAAGAAACGACAGAAGGACUUACAGAGGGUGAACGUUGCAAUUUCCACCCAAGGAAUCAACGUCACAGAUUUAAAGGGCAACGAUCUAUUUAAAGUAUCUAUAUUUAGGAUUUCUAACUGUGCGUCUGAUUCAACCCACCGGCAAUUCUUCUCAUUCAUAGCUACGGACGAAAAUGACACGACGGAAUGUCACGCGUUCUUCUGCUUCAAAAGGAAAACGGCGGAAGCGGUGACAUUAGCCGUUGGCAAAAUCUUCACUUCGGCUUACGAAAAUUGGCGAGAUAUGCCGCAUAUUGAACAGAUGCAAAAAAGUCCCGAUAAACCCGCAGUGGAAGAAGUUAAAGUUGAAGAUAUAGGUGUUAAAGAAAAUCUAGGAAAAAGUAGGGUAGUUAGCGAAGAAAAAUUAAUAGACUUUGACAAUGAAGUGGAGGAAGAUGAUUGGGAGUUUGAUGAGCUGUGUAUGACCAGAAAUGUCAGUAAUAAUAGUCAAUGGGUAUCGUUCGAAGAUGAAUUCUCACCUGUAAGCGUACAGAUGCCACCACAGAAGAACUUAAUUCUGGUUUGAGUACUUUUUUCGCGAUGAAAAAAGUACUUCAAGUCGAAACGAGAUUCAAAGAACUUAACAUGUGUCAUUUUACUUAAAAUCUCUUUGACAGGAGACAAACUAUGUGUAUGUAAAUAAAUAAAACGAGUAUAUUGUUUUUCUCUAUUUUAUUUGCAUUUCCUUUGCUUAUUAAUGGAAAAACUUGUUAUUAAGAAAUAUAGUAGGUUAUUUUA